GCCAAAAAAAAUAAUUCUAGAUUCAAUCAGCAUUCUUUGUUUUACAAGCACCACUAUAAAUAUGUUCGCCAAACCGAGAGUAAAAAAGAGCAUAUUACCUUCUCAUUAUAAAAAACGAAAGACUACCUCGGAUAUUGAAGAAAUUUCCUUUGAUAACGAUGCAAGGCACGAGUUUUUGACUGGCUUCCACAAGCGCAAACAGCAGCGUAUAAAGCAUGCCCAAGACAUUGCAGCAAAGAGGGCGAGACAAGAAAAACUAGAUACAAGAAAACAGAUUCGAGACGAUCGCAAACGAGAACUAGAAGAGCAUGUCGCCAAUGUCAACCGAAUGUUGCGAGAGUCGCAGGCGGCGAAUUCUGGAGACAUCGAGGCUGCCGAGGACAACGACGAUGAAGAAUGGGAUGGCAUCGCCGAUGAACCCAAUCUAGAUAUCAUUGAUCACCAGGAAGAAUACGUUGACGAAGACCGUUAUACAACUGUCACGGUCGAAUCGGUCGUUAUUUCUCGUGAUGGACUUGCGAAGCCGGAACUCGUUGAUGAAGACGAUACAGCAUCUACAGAGGUGAUCGAAGAAAACGCUGAUGAACGAGAGCCAUCCUCACGGAAGAAGGAUCAUGACCGGCCGCGUAAAAAGAAGAAGCAAUUCCGCUACGAAAGCAAGUUUGAGAGGUCACUCACCAACGCAAAGCAGAGGGUUAAAAAAAUGAAGCGAGGCGUUUGAUUCACUGGGAAUUUACAUUGUAUGACAACUUAUGCCCAAGGUCCAAGAUAGACACGGCAUGGAUUGCAGGUUGGCGUUGCGUACGGCAUA